GAUGGCGGUGGCUUUUGGCGCUCAGGCGGUGUGCCGAGCCGUUGCACAGCUCCUCGGUUGCAAAAUGUGAACGCGGCGGGAGGAGGGUGCCGCCGGAAUGAGUCGGCGAAGGAAGCAUGCGGACAGCCCUGGCCGGAGGAGCACACCGCGCAGGGCGGCUGCCGACGACUGCUGCCCGGCGGUGGAGCCGGGGUCCCGGUGGUCCAGGGCGGCCCGCGACUCCCUGCCCUGCAAGGCGAGAGCUCGGCCUUUGCGGCGGGAGCAGCGCCGGGCGGCGGCUGACGACCGGAGGAGCCCCGGGGAAAAGUAUGAGACUCCAACAAGAGUUGUGAAAGUGGAUUUAUUAUCCUGUACCUUCAGUUCUCCUAAUGAUCCAGAUGGACAGACUGAUAUCUUCUGGGAUCAGAAUUCUCCAAUGACCAAACAGUUAGGUAAAGGAAGAAAAAAGCAGAUUCCCACUCCGUACACAGAUGAGAUUUCACAUAUUGUCAACCGUAUUGCUCCUCAGGACGAAAAACCAGUGAGAAACUCCAUGCUGGGUGUGUGGAUUGGCGACGCUGCUAUUCCCUGUACUCCUAGUGCAGCAAAAGAGAAGUCAAGAGUGAAAACGCGCUGCACAAAGUUAAAAACAAAAACUCGAGAAAAAGAACUCAUGAAAUUGGCUAAGCAGUUUGAUAAAAAUAUGGAGCAACUUGAUGUGAUUCAAGAGCAAGACGGAAAGAAUCAUGAUUUUAUCCAGGCAGCUUCAGAAGUGGGACAUGUACACCACCGUAAAGAUUCUGUACAGAUGGAGAUGGAUGAUAAAUUUCCUGAAAUCGAUUGUGCUCUAAUGAAGAAGCAAAUGGAAGGAAACACCAGAAUGUCUGUGGCAAAGGAGCAAGACAGCGGUCAGAAACCCUUUGACCAAAAUGUUGAAGCAGCCCUGAAUGCUAUUUUUGAUGGUUCCACUCAGAUGUGUAGCGGACAGCUAAGCCAAGGUGUGACGAAUUCUUUUCUGAACAAUAGCAAAGCUACCUUUGUGACGAAAAGCAGUUCAAUAGAAGAGGAAAUUAUUACUAAUGAAACUCUGGUCACUGAAAACCUGCCAAACAGAACUCCAAUAUCACCUUCCCCUCAGGUAGAUACUGCCUUACUGCGAAAAUCAUGCGUGACUCCCUGUGCUAAGAUGCCAGAAUCUUCUAAACAUCCUGAUGGGCUGACUACUAGUGACUUUGAGGAUGACUGGGAAAGCUUGCUAGGCAAUGAACCUUUCCUCAUGGAAAAUGCUGAAAUGCUUCAACCCCCUCCUUUGACAACUGCCCAAGGUAUGAGUCAGAAUGCAGCGUGUACCAUUACUGCUAAAAAUCAUACAAUCACAUCAAGAACAAAUACGAAUAAUCUAGGUCGAAAGUCGGGAGAUUCGAAAGUAACCCUGGACCUUCCUUCAAAGCCAUGUAACACAGAACUAGGAAAUUCUGGAGGAUAUAGAUUUUUAUCACAUCCAAGUGAUGAAUCAAGCAAGUUACCAUUAACUGGAAAUAAAAUGAGGCUUGAGAAAUCUUUGAGUAACAUUAAAGAUGAAGGUUGUGUUGAUGUCUCUAAUACCGCAAGAGUAAAAGAAGAUAGUCGCAGUAAGUGUACAGUUAAGUGUGCUUCUGAUAGUUCUGGUUCGUACUCAAGAUACCUUAAUGAACGAAACAGUGGGCUUAGUGUUAACCUGCCUUUGAAAGCACCUAUUGAUACUGCUCCCCUUGGUUCUGUACUCUUGGGCAAAGAAAACAGACUAAUGGAUCAAAACACAAAUCAUACUAAUGGAUCAAAGUUCAGUUCUUCCCUCGAUGACUGGAAUGACCCUUUGGUGGCCAGUGAAAUGAUUGAAGCAUGCCAUGAGUUCGAGACUACCUGGGAAGCGGAUGAUGUCGAUGACGAUCUGUUCUAUCAGGCGUGUGAUGACAUUGAAAGACUAACUCAAGAAGACAACAAGGGCAACAAGCAGUCAGAAAGCACAAAUAGCACUUCCAAACCGGGACCCAGAAACAUUGCUACUGCAUCUAAACAGCCUUGGAAUCUUACCAGUUCCUCGUCCUUCACAGCUAACUCACAGACACAUAAGUCUUUGAAGGUAGAAAAAAGAGACACGUGUGGAGCUUAUCCCGGUAUUUUGGAUGCUGCAACAAAUGUGUCUGUGUGCUUUAAGCAUUCAAGGGAUAAUCAACCUGUACCAGUCCAGUUGAAUAGAUCACAACUGAUGCUUGCAGGAAGUUCAAGUCUGAAUGUUAGUUUGGGUCCCGCGAGCACGGAAAUUACUAAUACGAAGUUGAGUACUCAUCAGCUCUCCCACAGCACCUCAGCAACUCAAGCUCAGAAUGACAACAAAUUAUUGAGGGUUUCAAAAUUUACAUUUAAGACAAAAAAUCCUCAGAUCCUUUCUCCGAUAAACCAAAAUUGUAUAGCAGGAAGUAUACCUGUUAGCAAAAUCUUUCAGGAUUUAGGAAAAAAAGAAACUGUCAGUUCACUGCUUGAGGCUAAUCAAUACCAAUCUUCAGUAAAUUAUUCUGAAUCUUUGAAACCAUGUUCUAAAGGUGAAGAGGAGAGGAAUAGAAAGUAUUCUCCUGAAGAAAUCCAACAAAAAAGACAGGAAGCACUGAUUCGAAGAAAGGCAAAAGCACAGGCGUUGCCUGCUCUGCAUUCAGCUUCCGUUUCACUGCUUUGAUGAAAUUGGAGUCAGACGGUUUCACAACUAUUAAUAACUAUCUAUGAUAGGACUUUUUUUUCUUGAUUUCUCUGUGAGAAAUUUAAUGCUGACUAUAAAGCAUGGGCUUCUACUUUAUUAUUUAAUAAAUCAGUGUUUACCAUUAUAAAUGAAACUUUCUUGGCUAUGUAUGUGAAUUAUGUAUAAGUUUUUGAAAAGUUAGCAAUUAUGUGUCUACAGAGGGAAGUAUGUGUCUUUAUUACAUGAUAGCAACUGAGCAUCAAUAUUAGACAGCUGUAAAGCUUCUAACAGAUUAAAUGAGUAAACAGUGACUCUGCUCUGUAGUGUUUUCAGUUACUUAAGGUUUCGUUAUCUAGUACAAUUUUUAAUUAAUUUUUCCAUAUUUUUAGUGACCUUGCUGAAAAGUAGGUAACUUCUAUUUAAUUUUUUUUUAAAUUAUUGUUUUCAUUUGCUAGCCAGAUGUAGGUUUAAAUUUUAAUAUUUCUCAAUAUGUGAUUUAAUUUGAAAAACAUGUCGCUGUUAGGGAAAAAAAAGAUAAUAGAUUAAGCAAAGCCAUAAAACAUCAUUAAUAUUAGAAUUGACAGAAACAUAUUGUCCGAUCCAGUUCCUUUAUCAUAUAGGUUAAAUAGAACAAUCCAAGCUGCUCUUUUUCUUUGUAUUCAUGUGUAUUUGAGUUGGGGUCAUGCUAUGUGGUCCUAACUGGCCUUGAACUCUUGUUACGCAGAUGACUGCAAACACAGUGAUUCUCCUCAGUGUCCCCGUGCUAUGAGUACCACUAUGCCUAGCUCAUGCUUUUCCUUUCAAAGUCACAGACAAACCUUUGUUUAUGUUAGAAUUGAUUUUUCUAAACAUAUAAAGAAUUACAUAAUUUGUUUCAAUCUAUUUGUACUUAAAAUAAUUUGAAGGGGCAUUAACACUAAAAUAUAAUCUAAAACACAUUAAGGACUGCUUAUUAACAGUGCUUAUAUAUAUUCUUUAUUUUAUAGAAUUAAUUGAUCUUUCCAGGAUUCCAAAUUAGACUUUCUAUUUUCAGUUUUCUUAUUACUGUAAUUUUCCUUCUAAUCAGUUAUUUGACUUCACUGUUUUUUCCCCUCUGUCAUCCCUACCUCCUUUUUGUCUUCUAAAAUAUAAGUCAGUAAUGUAAGCCUUAACUAGUGGGGAGGGUAUAUGACGGUAAGGAUGCUUGUGUUUUUCUAAAUGGCUUUUAGAAGGCAUGAAGAAAAGUUUAGCUUAGUAAGGUGUUCACUACUGUUCAGGUGUCUUUGAGCUGUGACAAUCUGAUAGUUAUUAAGUGUGUAUCAUUUUUCAGAUGGCAUAUAAGUAUAUUUUAGUUGUUCUUAUUAUUUACCAAAGAGUAUAUUAUAAAGACCUAAAUAAAUGCUGCAAGUUUUGAUGCAAAGAA